CAAUACCUAAUGCCAUACCACCCCAGACUACAUGCUUUACGUAAGGUACGCUGCUUCAGAGCUACGUCAUCGGCGUCGUCCCGCAUACUGAGACUUAAAACAUACAAAACCAAAGCAAACCAGUAAUUGAAGCGCGAAUACGCCUCGUAAUCCCAAUAGAAUUCCAUAUACCUAACCUACAACCAAGUCAAAUGAGAGCAAAUUCCGAAUCUUUGUAUUUCAUCAACCUGUGACAUUCAGCCUCGGCCAUCAGCAGUGAACGACCAUUACUUUACCUACCUUAAUAUAAUCGGCUUCUAACUCGCAACCAUUUCCUACUUGAUCAAAAUGGGAGCUGUCUCGGCUAUUCUCAUCGUCCUCAUAACCAUCCUUUUCCCUCCGAUUGGCGUCUGGGCCGUCGCCGGAUGUGGCGCCGAUCUGCUUAUCAACAUCUGCCUCACCGUCCUUGGAUACCUCCCAGGUCACAUACACGCUUUCUACCUCGAAUACGUCUACUAUGACCGUCGAGAACAGGCCAGAGAGGGCCGCUAUGCCGCCCGACGAGCUGCCGGCGUGUACAGCGACCGCGUGCAAACCGGCGGCUAUGGGUACGGCACGACGGUUCCGCCGGGUACUCACUAAAUAGCUAGUGUAUGAAGAGGGAACGUCGGUUUAAUUCCAGGAGGGCGUUUUAGUUAUGAGCACUAGGGAGUAUAU